AGGAGGGGGCUUGAGUCUUCUGAAAUCCACCUCCAGCUCUUUGGUCUUUCCUGAAGGAGAAAGAAAUAUACUUUAAAGGCAGGUGUUAAAUAGUGGAGACAGAGAGGGUGACAUUAGAGGAAUUGUGCAGUAUAUGUUGCAGCAGGUUAUCGGAUUUGACAGAGUUAUUAGCAGGCACUAUCAGCCCUAUCAGAGGUUACAGUGAGGUUAUGAUGUCUGCAAACAGUGACUUCCCCUCGCAGAUUUCUUGUCUCAUAAAGGGAAAUAAGGUCACUGAGGUCUGAGAAAUGCAGGCUGCAGAUUAAUCAACAUUCUUUUCACGUUGUUGCAGCUCUGAAGCAAACUUUGCUCAAGGUGUACGUCAGGUGAAAUAUGGUCAACAUGGAGAGCAAACACACCACCUGUCAUGUUUCCUGUGAAAGGGGCGUCGCUUCAAUGCAUAGGAUCAAAGCCACACCCAAACCACGGUUGGAGUUAAGAUUCAUUGCACCCUGCAGAUGUGUCUGCACAUGUUGAGCUGCAGGAUUAAAGUGACGGAGCAUGAAAACCUGCUGCAGAACAGAAGGAACACAAGAGAGGUGAAGUGAGCGGAGGACUAGAAGAGAUGGAUUCAGAUCCUGGAGUCACAGAGCUGGAUUUAGAUCCAAGAGUCACAGAGCUGGAUUCAGAUCCUGGAGUCACAGAGCUGGAUUCAGAUCCAAGAGUCACAGAGCUGGAUUCAGAUCCUGGAGUCACAGAGCUGGAUUUAGAUCCUGGAGUCACAGAGCUGGAUUUAGAUCCAGGAGUCACAGAGCUGGAUUCACCUGUGGAGACCUCAGACCAUCAGAUCCAGGAGCAUGACCCCAUGCUGUUCUUGGUUCCCACUGGAAGGCGUCUGAUCUCAGGUCUGCUGGGUCUGAACGUGGUGCUGAUGGGGUCGGCCCUGAUACUGGGACAAGCUUUAAACCCUGCAGGCCUGAGGAACCAGGAGCCCCAGGUGUUGAAUCUCCUGCUGAUGGGGGUCAGCGGGGUCUGGAUGCUGUGGUACCUGCUGUGGGCACGGAGACAGCCAGGUUUCUGCCCACAUAAAGACCACCACGCCGGGGGAAUCCCAGUCACAUUCGUCCUCAUGCUCUUCGCUGCGUUCACUCUGCUGCUCUACGUCUGCAGGAUCGGGUAUUUCAUCAACACCAGGGAGUGUAAGCACGCUGUGAAAACACUCUCUCCAUUCAUCGAGGCUCCUUUUGUCACACUGCAGACAUACUUACUGUGGGCUCACUCCAAAGACUGCAUUCACAGACACAAGAUCAUCAGCAGAUCCGGUCUGAUGGUGAUCCUCUCAGCUGAUCUGCUGCUGUGGCUCCACGCCGUGACGGAGGACACCAUCCACGAGGAGAUCGAGUUAGAGAAAGAGGGCAGUCUUCUUCUCGGCAUCCAAAACUCCUCGUCAGCAGAAACCUUGAAUGUGACAGGAGGUACCAGUCCGAUGUUCUGUCUCUGCAGUUCCAGCGCCGCCUGCCUCGUCUUCAGGAAAGCCAUUGAAGUCCUCUACCCCUUCCACAUGGAGUACUACCUGAUGGCGGGCUGCAUGGUUUACGUGAUGUGGAAGAACGUGGGCCGCAGGAUGAGUCCGGGUGAACACCACGAGGCUCAUAAGCUGACUCUUAAAGUCCUGUGUGGCGGUGGGAUCCUUUACGGCCUCGUGUUCGGAGGUCUGGUCCUCCUCGCUGGGGUCACAGUCUUCAUCCUCUACCAGGUGUUUGUAAACCGGCCCCACCUCCGCCACACUGCCUUCCUCAUAUUCUACAGCUACCACUUGGCGGUGAUGCCGAUCAUGUCUCUGUGCUCGCUGGCCGGGAUGCUCGUCCACGUGCUGGAGAGGAGGGCGAGCGAAGGAGGGCACAACCCGACCCGCAGCCUGGAUGUGAUGCUCCUGCUGGCUGCGGCGCUCGGCCAGCUCGCCCUCUCUUACUUCUCUCUGGUGGCCGCCCUCGCUGUGGGGACUGAGGGGCCUCUAGGAGACCUGGAUUUGUCCUACUCCCUGCUCAGCUUGCUGGAGCUCAUCCUGCAGAACAUCUUCAUCAUCAAGGGGCUGCACAGACACCCGAGUCUCCUCGCCAAGAAGAAAGGGAAGCAGUGGAACAACAUAUUCAAGCUUAAGAAGACGGCUGCUGAUCCAAAACAGGAGGACGGGAAGACAGAUCUGUCCCUGCUGGAGGGGAAGACACAGUCUGCUGCUCAAGAUCAUGAUGGGAAAAAAGUCUGGAUGAAAAGAGCGAUACAAGAAAUCUGUGCCUUCCUCAUCCUUGCUAACGUCAUGCUGUGGAUCAUCCCUGCGUUCGGAGUCCAUCCUCAGUUCGAGAACGGGAUCGGGAAACGAUUCUUUGGCUUCAGCGCCUGGUUUGUUCUGGUGAAUCUGGUUCAGCCGCUCAGUGUUUUCUACAGGAUGCACGCAGUCGGAGCUCUGAUGGAGCUGCUCCUCAACGCAUGACGAGAAACGAUGACUACCCAACUGUUAAAGCUGAAAAAGAGACACGUUAUCAUCAGGCUCUUUCCAAACAGAGCAGGUCUAGACCAAAGACCCAACAUCAAGACCAGGAUCAGAUCCAGUCCCCUCUUACAGACAGGACUCAGUCUGAUCU